UAUAAUAAACUUCAAUCUUCAUCGCAUUUUGUGACUUGUGUUGUUCCUUGUUUUCGAAUUAAUUUAAAUAAGCGCUUGAUGAUAAAUAAUUGGAGUAUAUAAAAACUGAGUUUUUAUUUAACUUUUCAUUCGAUGAUUUUAAUAUAAACUGAAUAUUUAUUGAACAACAAGCAUAUCGGGAGGUGCGUCUUGAAAUCAUCUUUAUUGAUUUAUUGUUGGUUCCAUCGCAAUGGAUAAUUUAAAUUUAAAACAUAUGAACGCAAUGCCUGGCGAAGAUAAUAAUUGGCGAACACAGGCUUCGCGGCAAGGAAUUGUUGCUAAAAUUGAGGAAGUAAUACAGAGAUCAGGUAUGCAGGUAGCACGAAACAGUAGUGAGAUGGAAAAUCAUGUUUUUAUGAAAGCUAAGACCAGAGAGGAAUACAUGAAUAUGAUUGCUAAACUUAUUCUACAUGUUAGGGAGAUGUCUCAACCAAAGCAAAACCCCAAUGCACCUAACAUGCAAGGUCCAAACCAAAAUCAACCAAAUAACCAGGUUCAAAAUCAACCUGGCCCACCACCACAAGGUUCUAACAGUCAACCAGGUAUGGCCACAGAUCCCAUUAAUGCUUUACAAAAUAUGGCUUCACAAGGCACAAGAAAUCAAAUGAUGAACAUGGGUCAAGGUCAAAUGCAACAGCAGGGAGUCAUGGGGCCUAAUCAAGGGAUGGCCAUGCAAGGUCAAAUGGGACCACAAGGACCAAUUGUAUCACAAGGAGGGCCUCAGUCUCAAACUGCUACCAAUCUGUUACAAACCUUAAAUCAAAGACCUCAACUAAAUAUGCAAUUGCAGUCGAAGCUUGGAGGGCCAAUGGGAAUGGUCCCCAAUCAAGGGCAAAUGGGUAGUAAUAUGGUUGGUGGGAUGGGCAUGAGUAAUUCUAUGUCGCAACAACAGAAUAUGGGAGCUGGAGGGAUGCAAUCAAUGAUGCCUAAUAUGUCUAUGUCAAAUAUGAUGCCAAUGUCUGGUGGAAAUAGUAUGGGUCAGAUACAGUGUAAUCAAGUUGUUGGUGGCAUGAGUGGACAAAUGGUGCAGAAUUCCAUGCAGGGCCAAAUGUCUAAUCAAAUGGUAGGUGGAAUGGGUAAUAGCCAAAUGGUGAAUAUGAACAUGCUACAAAUGCAUGGGCGGGCGAGCGGCAAACCGGAUGUGAUGAUGGGCGGAGGAUACACACCCCGUGGACCUCCACCCAACCAGUUUCUACGUCAGAGUCCUUCCCCUUCAGCUUCUUCACCAAAUAUGGGUGGCCCCAGUCCUGUCUCUAUGGGUGGGGGUGUUUUAACUGGAGCUCUGGCAUCUCCCAUGUCGACGUUAGGGGGCUGCGGUGGCGCCGCUGGUAGCCCUUCGCCCUCUGCAUCGCAUAUGGGUCUUCAGCAACGUGUAAACAUGGGGAUGGUGGCGUCACCAUCAUCAUCUCUUAAUACCCCUGUGGGAGCAAGCGUGGCAUCCCCGGGAGGUGAAGAGGCUGCUUAUAGAGAGAAGGUCCGCCAACUCUCCAAGUACAUAGAGCCGCUACGUCGCAUGGUUAUGAGGAUGGUUAACGAAGGAGAAAAUGUGGAAAAGUUGACAAAAAUGAAGAAUCUCCUGGAUAUAUUGUCGAACCCGAAUAAGCGCAUGCCGUUGGAGACUCUAAUCAAGUGUGAAGUGGUGUUGGAAAAGUUGGACUUCAAACGCAGUGAGGGUGUCGGAUUGGGCUUAGGACUACCGCCACCUGGAAAGGAGCAAAUCUUCAAUCCACUUCUAGAAGUAGUGAACAACUGUUUGUCCAGUCCGCUCGCCAAUCACACCCUCAAACGUACUUUUGGAUCUACGCUUGACGCCCUCAAUGGCCCUGAGAUCAAAAACUUACCGGCGCCACAGAAAAUUGCUAAAUACGUAGAACCAGUAUCAGAAAUACCAGAUGUAUUGCAAGGAGAGAUUGCGAGGCUAGAUUCCAGAUUUAAAGUUUCACUCGAUCCCUUACAAUUAAUGGGUGCUGAGGGAUGCAUAACACUGACGGCUCAGUUAGAUGAUGCCCGGCUACCGUGUGUGGCCGCCGUACACGUGUCUGUCCCAAGAGAUUACCCGCAGUCGUCCCCAGCCAGACUUAGGCCCAAGGCCACUCGCCCCGACCAGCCUCAUCCCUUCUUGGCGAGAGUUGAACGCGCUAUGGACGCUCGGUGUGCCAAGUUACCAAAGCGCUGUUCAGUCGGCGAAUUGUUAAACGCAUGGGAGAUGAGCGUACGACAAGCGUGCGCACCCGCAACUGUUAUGUACACGCCCGUACCGGCAUUAGGACUAUAAAUAUAUAAAAAAUGAAUAAGUAUAUAAAAUCACAAUAUUGUUAAGUAAAUAAUCUGAAAUUUGAAAAGCAAAAUGAAAUCUAUGACAUUUUUGACAGUGACAUAUUGUUGAUUUGAAAUUUGAUUUUAAUAUGAAUUAUCACUUUGAUUAAAUAAUCCUUAGGAUUUUCAAGUCACUUAUAAAAAUAUAACGUAACUCUUUCAAUGAUAAUGUACAUUUAUGUUACUUUAACGUAAUAGAAUAGUAAUUUGUAUUGAUAUCUUGAGCAGUGUUACGAUUGGAACUUAAGGUAAUUACGAACACUAAUACAAAUCUUGUAACCUAUAUAACCUAUACAGAUUGACUGAGAACUGUCACGGUCAGAAAAAUUGACGUAAGCGAAUCUAUCGCAGUUUAAGAAUAUAAUAAAAAUCAUAUGUAAAGAUUCACGAUAUCCAUAACAUUUAUUAUCAUAAGUUAAAGUUUUGUAUUUUAAUAAUGAAUUUUAGUUUUGGUGUUUACAAAUGAUCUUCCUCGCGUAUAGUAAAAUGUUGUACUAGAAGUUAGAUUAACUAUUUAAAUAUGGAUACAUAAGCAAAAAGCUUUUUGAUGUUUUGUCUCGCUUCUUUAUUUCCAAAGUGACACGAGAGUAAUAGAGACAAAACAUUUGAGGCUUAUGAAUAAAGUAUUUAGCCCUUUAAAUUUAUUGAAUGACAACGACUAUCGUAAUGUGUUGUGAUAGAUUUAGUAAUUUUAAAAUAAUACAUAUAAUAUAAAUUAAAAUCAAUUUUAUGCCAUAUUUUAAUAAAAUAAUUUCGAAUAUUUACACAAAAUUUUCGGUAUUAAACGGUUUCCUAAUACAUAGGUCUUGUUUAAAUAAGUAUUUCUCUCUCAUAUAAGAGCUCAUUUCCAUAAUUAAAGUUAAUAAUUGGAUAAUUUAUUAUUUUGUAAAUACAAAGAUUAUUAUUAUAUUUAGCGCAAAUCACGCUCAAAUUAACAAGCUUAAGGGAUCUCGAAACGAAAUAGAAUCAGCAUAAUACACUCGCUAUUUUGUAAUAUCUAUAAACAAAUAUAAUGGGUUGGAAGAUAUCAAUCAUAACUAGAAUAUUUUAAUCAAGUUUUAAACAUUAAAAAUAUUUUUGUCUAAUUCACGGUUAAAAUACUUUACUAAAGAAAGAAACCAUACAGCUUUAUAAAGUCGCCAGUGUGUUAUGACCCAGAUGUGAUAUAACUGUGAUACUGAUAUUUUUAACUACUCGCUCGUCACCCUUCAAUAUUGUGUCUUUAUAUUAUUUAACAGUGGCAUUACCUCCGUGUUACUAUGAAUAUCUAGAACAAAUACUUUCCGACUUUAUGCUUUUUAGAAGGAGCUAUAGAACAGCCGUUUGAAUUUGGGUUUCUUUUAAUAAAAAAAUCGGAUAGCCAUAGAGUAAGAUUUAGAGAGACAUUUGUAUACGAAAGUCACACUUAUCGCCAAGUGUCAAAAAGGAAAUGAAAUUGCCUCUGAAUCUUGCCCUUACUGAUUCUUGUAUUAAGCUACGAUAGGAUUUGCACGUAGAUGUCAGAUUAGGAUUGAAGGAAGGAAGUGCGGAUUUAAGUGUUGUAAACAAUAUUUUAUCAUUAAAAGACCUAUUGUGGUUAAAUUAGAAGAAUCACAGACUUCAGUAUACGGCACUUGACAAUACCAAAAGUUUGAAGAAGAAGGGUUGAAGUCCAAUCGAAAAUAUUAGAUUUUGAUUUAUUAAGAAAUUUGUAAGUAAAAUAGGUAUAUUUUUUAUAUUAUCUGUAACAUUUUCGUAUAUACUAACAUCGAUCAGAUUAGAAAAUUGCAAAUAAAGAAAAUAUCAGUUGAGUAUUAUUAUUAGAUUUAAGGUGAAAUAUGAUAUUCGAGUUUAUUUUUUUAUUUUCUUAAUGUGAAUUAAUCAAAGAACGAGGUCCCUUUUGAUUUUUUUAGGAAAUGUAUUUAAGCAAUAAUUUUUGUAAAAUAAAGAAUAG